GAUGUGUGCUCUGUGCUCUGCGUGCGCGACUCCUCUUUAGAAUUUUCGACAGAUCUCCAUAGUACGUUGAAUAUGCAGUCAAUCAUCCGACGAGAAGCCCUGAGUGGUGUCUGCAAGUUAUAUAGAUGGUCAUACUGUAUGCGGAAUCAUUGGCUCUGGAGACGUCAUCUACACAAAAUGAGGAGCAGAGGCUUCAUACAGCAAAUAUACCCACCGGUAGAGGAGAGCCGACUGCCGCAAGUAUUGAAAGACACCCGAGCAGCUUACUGUGGGUUCGAUCCAACAUCAGACAGUCUCCACCUAGGAAAUCUGCUCUCUAUCCUGGUCCUCAUACAACUUCAGAAAAGAGGGGUGAUCCCGAUAGCAGUAGUUGGGGAAGCUACAGCUCAGAUAGGAGAUCCGAGCGGUCGUUCGACUGAACGAGAAUCGCUAUCUUCUGUAUCUCUCCAUCAGAAUGUCAGAGGCCUCGAACAGAAUCUGAGAACAGUCUUCAGCAAUCACGAGAGGUUCUUCCACAAGUCGGGAGACCUACCGCAACUGGUAUUGUUGCGAAAUUCCGCGUGGUACUCAGGGUUGGAGGUCAUCAAUUUCCUCAAGACUACUGGACGAUACUUUCGAAUCAGUCUAAUGCUGUCCCGAGAAGCCGUCAAAUCCAGGUUGGCGUCGUCUGAAGGGAUGAGCGUUUCCGAGUUCAGUUAUCAGAUAUUCCAGGCCUUUGACUGGCUCCAGCUCUAUAAACAGUACGGAUGUGGGAUCCAAGUCGGUGGUCAAGAUCAAUUGGGGAACAUCGAUGCUGGUCAUGAUUUGAUUCGAAAGGCUCUCGGGAAAAACAGCGUCGGACUUCUGACUCCCAUUAUAACCGCCGAAAGCGGGAGCAAAUACGGAAAGAGCGCAGGCAAUGCAGUUUGGCUCUCGGGCGAAAAAACGAGCCCUUACGAGCUUUUCCAGUUUUUGCUGCGAAUGUCAGACACCGAAGCGGUGAAAAUGGUGCCGGUUUUCAGCUUUACAGGAGACGAAGAGCUAGUUGAACUCCUGGAGCAGCACAAUAAACACCCCGAACAGCGUCCUCUGCAGACGCGGAUCGCAAACGACAUAACGCUCUUGCUCCAUGGGCCGGAAGGGCUCGAGCUCGCGCAAAAAGCAACUGCUCUCCUCUUCGAUGGCAGGGGCGACUUGCUCAAUGAGAUGGACGAGAAGACGCUACGGAAGCUUUUCUUGGACACCGCCUACGCUGAAAUUUCCAGAGUGAAGCUGUCGGAGAAAUACUCCUUGGUCGAGUUCAGUUUGGAGGCGAAACUCUUCAAGAAGGAAUCAGACGCGAAGCGAAUUAUAGCUGCCGGUGGAUUGUACAUUAAUAUGAUACGCACAACUUCGGAGUUCUUAUCGGAGUCAUGCGUGCUCUCGUCUGGAUUGACUCUUUGCAGAACAGGCAAGAAAAACUACACUUUAGUCAAAUGGAUUUGA